AUGCAGUUAAAAUACCUGCGAACGUUGCUGGAGGGUCAGGAGCAAAUCCAACGCAUUGCUGGCCUGGCUUGGUCACCCAACCAACAGAAGUUGGCCAUAGCCACCGCCGAUCGGCACAUCCUGCUGUACGAUGAUGCCGGCGAAAGGCGAGACAAGUUCAGCACAAAGCCUGCGAAUCCUGCAAACGGCAAGAACUCGUAUGUUAUACGUGGCCUGGCCUUCAGUCCGGACUCCACCCGGCUGGCGGUGGGUCAGAGUGAUAGCAUUGUGUAUGUUUACAAGCUGGGCGAGUCCUGGAACGACAAGAAAGUGAUCUGUAAUAAGUUUCCACAGGCCAGUGCGGUCACUGCCCUAAUAUGGCUCACCUCGGGAGCCAUAAUAGCAGGACUCGAGGAUGGCAAGAUACGCGCCUUGCACAGCAAAAGCAACAAGUCGCAGAGCCUGUAUGGCGGCGAUAGCAUCUGCAUCUCCCUGGCCGCCAACACUAAGGGCACUGGCUUCCUCAGUGGCCACAAUGAUGGCACCAUUAUCCGGUACUUUAUGACGGACGAAGCCACCGAACCCCUGGGCCGAGUGGUACAGCAUCCGGUUCCGCCCUUUGCCCUGGCCUGGCCGCAGGGAGGAUUCUGCGCCGGCGGCUGCGAUCAGCGAAUCAUCUUCUACGACAGCAUGGGCCGCCAGCUGCGCACCUUUGAUCAUUCCCGAACCGAGGGCGAGCGGGAGUUCACGGUAGCCGCCUGUAGUCCCAAUGGUCAGGCAGUGGCCUUCGGCAGCUUCGACCGCAUCCGCAUCUUUGCCUGGAGUCCGCGCCAGGGAGCCUGGAGUGAGAGCGCCAGCAAGGAAGUGGCCUGCCUGUAUACCCUCAGCUCGCUUUUGUGGCGUCGAGAUGGUGCCCGCCUGGCUUUAGGCUCUGUCAGCGGGGCAGUGCUCCUCUUUGAGUCUGUGCUGCGACGCACCGUGUGGCAGGAUAAGUUUGAGUUGAUCUUCGUGGCGCCCAGUCAACUCUUGGUGCGUUCCCUAACAGAGCCCUCGCAACAGCUGACCAUCGAGUCGCAACUGGGCCUGGAGAUUGAUGAUGUGAGGAUAAUGGGAAGGGAUAAUUACCUGGUGGCCCGCACAGAGGAAUCUCUAAUACUGUGCGAUCUGACCCGCAAUCUGAGCAGCGAAGUGCCCUGGACAGCCUCUGGUCACCACGAACGCUUCUACUUUGAGAAUCCCAACGUGUGUUUGGUCUUCAAUGUCGGCGAACUAAGCCUGGUGGAGUACGGAGACAAUGCCAUUCUGGGAUCUGUCCGGACAGAGUUUGUGAAUCCCCAUGUGAUCUCCGUGCGACUCAACGAGCGAGGAAACGGACGGGAGAACAAGAAGCUGGCCUUUCUCCUGGAUGCCAAGACCAUUUGCGUGGUGGACCUGGUGAGUCGCUUGACCAGUGGCCAGAUCAACCACGAGACCAAGAUCGAUUGGCUGGAAUUGAGCGAGACGGCCCACAAGCUUCUGUUUCGGGACAAGAAGCUGCGCCUUAUUCUGGUCGAUAAUUACACAGGGAAAAAGCAGAGCCUGUUGAGCAAUAUAUCCUUCGUCCAGUGGGUGCCCCAAAGCGAUGUUGUGGUGGCCCAGAGUAACGCCAACCUGGCCAUUUGGUACAACAUUGAUCUCCCCGAGCAUGUGACCCUGCAGAGCGUCCGUGGUGAGGCCAUCGAGGUGCUGCGCGAGAAUGGUCGCACUGUAGUCCGUUCCCAGGACGGACCAAGUGAGCACAGCUACCAGCUGGACGAGGGUCUGGUGGAGUUUGGAACCGCUGUCAAUGACAGUGACUUCGGACGAGCUGUCCACUUUCUGGAAUCCCUGGGAGACAAACCCGCUGCCAAGGCCAUGUGGCACAAUCUGGCUAUCAUAUCGCUGGAGGAUGGCAACCUGCGCGUGGCUCAGCGUUGUUACGCCGCCUUGGGCAACGUCUCCAAGGCCUAUUACCUGGCUGGGAUGAUCCAGGAGGCAGACGAGUUCGAGGAGUCCACUGGAUCACCAGGUAUUCUCUGUCCUAAGGUUCGCGCCAAGAUGGCUCUCCUAGGCUCCGAUCUGCGCACGGCUGAACGGAUCUACCUUGAGCAGGGUGACAUCGAAGCUGCUCUGCAGAUGUACCAGCAACUGGGCAUGUGGGACGAAGCCGUGGCUUUGGCGGAGAGGCGAGGCUAUGCCAGGAUCUCGGAGCUGAAGCAGCAGCACAUGGACUAUCUCCUGAGCAGCGAGCAGCAGGAGAAGGCUGGCCAAGUGCUCGAGGAGCAGGGUGAACUCCAGCAGGCCAUGUCGCUGUUCCUGAAGGCCAACAAACCGGCAAGAGCUGCUCGUUUAGCCCUAAAGACGCCGCACAUCCUGCAGGAUGAGCAGGUGAUGCUUCAAGUUACCGAGGGACUGGUUCACUGCGAGCUCUACGAACUGGCCGGGGACAUAGCCCAUCGUUUGUCACGUCCAGAGGCAGCCUUGGCUCUCUACCGCAAGGGAGGAGCCUAUGCCCGAGCCCUGGAACUGGGACGUGUGGUGGCCCCACAGGAGGUGACUUCUCUGGAGGAGGAGUGGGGCGACUGGCUGGUGAGCCGCAAGCAGCUGGACGCCUCCAUCAACCACUACAUAGAGGCGGGCGCCACCCAGAAAGCUCUGGAGGCUGCCGUGGGUGCCAAGCAAUGGCGAAAGGCUGUCCAAAUAGCCAAGGUUCUGGACGAACCGGAGCUCAUUCAACGCUAUGCCGUAGACCUAGCCAAGCACCUGGCCUUUGCCGGAGAUCUGGAUGGAGCGGAGGACAUGCUGGUGCGAGCCAAUCUUCACAAAGAAGCCAUUGAGCUACUGAACCGCCACGGCAAGUGGGAGCGGGCCUAUGUAAUCGGUGAGAAGUAUCUAAAGUCGGAGCAGUUGCGGGAGCUCUUUGUCCAGCUGGCCAUCACCCUGGAGGAGCAGGGCAAGUACAGGGACGCUGAGAAGGUCCUUAUUGCGGUCAACGAACCGGAUCUGGCCAUAGCCAUGUACAAGCGGCGGGAGCUCUACGACUCCAUGAUCCGGCUGGUGGAACGCCACCACAAGGAUCUGCUGGACAGCACCCAUCUCCAUCUGGCGCGACAGCUAGAGUCGCGCGGCAAGCUCAAGAACGCAGAGAUGCACUUUGUGGCCUCCGGGGACUGGAAAUCUGCUGUGCACAUGUACUGUUCCUCGGGCCGCUGGGAGGAUGGCUAUCGCGUGGCCAAGCAGAAGGGAACCGAGGGAGCCAGCCAGCAGGUGGCCUACAUGUGGGCCAAGUCCAUGCCCACGGAGAGCGCCGUCCGGCUGCUGAGCAAGCUGGGUCUCCUGGACACAGCCGUGGGCUUUGCCUGCGACUCGGGACAGUUUGAGUUCGCCAUGGAGCUGUGUCGCUUUGCGGGCAGACCCACAGAUGAGGUUCACCUGAAGAUAGCCAUGUCUUUGGAGGAUGAGGGUAAGUUUGAGGCGGCGGAAGCAGAGUUCCUGAAAGCCCACAAGCCGAGGGAGGCCAUAUUGAUGUACCAACAUGCCGGGGACUGGCAGGCGGCCCUCAAUGUGGCCGAAAUGCAUCUGCCGGAUGCAGUUGGUGAGGUGCUGAUAGGGCAGGCUGCAUCUGCCUUGGAGACUCGUAACUACAAGGACUAUGAGGCGCUCCUUUUGCGAGCACAGAGGCCCGACUUGAUUGUGGAGCACUAUAAGCAGGAAUCUCUGUACGAAGAUGCUCUCCGCAUCGCCGAGGAGCAUUAUCCGGCGGCCUUGAAUGACUUGAGGCGCCUGCAGGCCCAGCUCCAAAGAGGAGCUCAGGCUCAGGCGCAGUCCGUUGAGGAUUCCGCCUCCAUUUCACGUGCCUACCUGCAAAAGGCCGCCGAGUUUGCCAAGAAGGAGCAGUUCCGCAAGGCAGCCGAGUGCCUCAUGCAAAUUGAUUCGUCCAAUGCCGAGGAUGCGGCCACCUUGGAGCGAGCUCUUCUCAGAGCCGCCGAGAUAUGCAAUCAGUUCCUGGAGGGUCAGGAUGCCCAGGAGUUGGCCCAGUCCCUGGGACCCCGUUUGCUGGCCAUCAAGCAGAUUGGACCGGCGGCACAGCUUUACCUGGCCGCGGAUAUGCCCAAGCAGGCGGUGGAUGUGUUCAUCAAGACGGAGCAGUGGAGCAAGGCCCGCCGGUUGGCCAAGGAAAUCGAUCCCGAUCUUCAGCUGCUGGCCUACGUGGAGCAGCAGCAAAAGUCGUGCCUGAAGCACGAGGGCAACAUCGAGCAGCUGGCGGACAUAGACAUAGUUUCCGCUCUAGAUCUUCUGGCGGAGCAGGGUCAGUGGCAGCGUUGCCUAGAGAAGGCCAAGCAGCUGAAUCCCGCCGUGCUGCAAAAGUAUGUGGCGGUUUACGCUGCCCAACUCAUUCGCGAGGGAAGCUCCAGCACUGCCUUGGGGCUGUACUUGAGCUAUGGAGCUCCUCCCAUUGAGGCCCACUUUAAUAUCUACACCAGAAUCGCUCUGGAUUGCCUGGCUCUCAGAGAGGAGCAGUCGAAGGGAGGUACUCUGUGGCGUCAGCUGAGGGACUUUCUUUUCCGGCUGCUGCAGUCUCUUAAGGCUUCACCGGAACAGGCUCAAUCCCCAUUUACAAGCAGCCUGGAGCAGUUCCUAUUGAUUUCCCAUUACUAUGCCACCCGGGCUGUGUGUAAGGAGGUGCAGUCCCUCCAGCCGGUGGCUCUGCGCUUAUCGCUGGCCCUCCUUAGGCACACGGAUCUCCUUCCGGUGGACAAGGGUUUCUACGAAGCUGGGAUGGAUCUCCGCCAGGCAGGUCGCGAGUCGGAGGCCUUUGUCAUGUUGAAUCACUACCUGGAUGUGUGCGAGGCCAUCGAAGAGGGCUCUGGCCAGUUGGUGGAUCAUUCCGAUCUGGCUAGCACUGAUUUUCCCAGCUCCGUGCCCUUGCCCGAGGACAUACACCUGAAGAACGAUCCGCAGUUGCACGAAGAGGUGCGCGAAUGGGUGCUUGCAGUGAGCAUGGAUCAGCAGGUGGACCAGCAGUUGCCCACCGAUGAUCGUGGUUUGUACGAGUCCAGCUUGGGUUCCAAUGACUUGCCCUGCAUGCUGAGUGGUUUCCCUGUUCUGGGUCGCCACCCAGUCACCUUUCAGGGGUCGAGCAAUCAAGUGAAUCGCGAUGUUUGGAGCAAGUUCUCGGUGGCCGUGAAAAUGUCGCCAGGCAGUGGCGUGGCAGACAUAAUAUCCUUCACCGAAAAAUGGCAGGGAGCUGCCAACUACGUGAUGCACUAACUCUACUCUAGAUUGGAUUCU